AUGAAGUGCGACAUUGAUAUCCGUAAGGAUCUCUAUGCCAACACUGUCCUUUCCGGAGGAACCACCAUGUACCCAGGAAUUGCUGAUCGUAUGCAGAAGGAAAUCACCGCUCUUGCCCCAAGCACCAUGAAGAUCAAGAUCAUUGCUCCACCUGAGCGCAAGUACUCCGUAUGGAUCGGAGGAUCUAUCCUUGCCUCUCUCUCCACCUUCCAACAGAUGUGGAUCUCCAAGCAAGAAUACGACGAAUCUGGCCCAUCCAUCGUUCACCGCAAAUGCUUCUAA